CUGCAACGUCUGUGCAACCUAGACCUACCUCAAGAUGAAUCUGAAAAUUGUGCUAUUCCUGUGCGCGUUGGCACUGGCUUCGGCUUCACCUCAAAGACCAUUUGGCGGUUUCGGAGGACGUCCGCCUUUCCAGGGACAGAACGGAGGCUUCGGACGACCCCCACCAGGCUUCCCGGGGCAAAACGGAGGCUUCGGACGACCCCCGACAGGCUUCUUUGGACAAAACGGAGGCUUCUUUGGACAAAAUGGCGGCCAGUUUGGAUUUGGACCGUUCGGCUAAAUUCCUCUCGGUGAAACCCGGAUGAAACUCGACCGCAGAUUUUGGACCUGUGGAUCAUUCUCUUUGUAUGCUUAAAUAAAGUGGAAAAUGUGU